CUUACACCCAUAAGGAAGCAGUUACUGCCAUGUGUGUGUUAUUUUAGUGUGGGUGGUUGAAGAGGAGCAGGAAUAUACGCAAGUCAACACACGGUUAGCUGGUUACGACAGUGCCUUGUUGGUUUAGCCCUUCAUUAGAAACUUACAUGGGAAUGAAGCUUGAAUUUGCUCCUAUCAAUAUUCCCCUGGCCCGGAGGUUGCAGACAACUGCUGUGUUCCAGUGGGUAUUUUCCUUUCUGUUACUAGCACAGUGCUGUAUAGGGAUAUUCCUCUCUCUGGUGCUGGCAAGAUUAUGGCUCAUUUUAGCACUAUAUGUUCUCUGGCUGUACCUCGACUGGGAGACCCCCCAGGCUGGAGGCCGAAGGUGGGAAUGGGUACGGAACUGGACUGUAUGGAAGUAUUUUAAAGAUUAUUUUCCUAUCCGGCUUGUGAAAACAUGUGAUUUAGAUCCACAGCACAACUAUAUAAUGGGGUUCCACCCACAUGGAGUGCUUGUCGCUGGGGCCUUUGGUAACUUCUGUACUAACUACACUGGCUUUAAGGAACUGUUUCCUGGCCUAACCCCUUACCUGCACAUCCUGCCAUUCUGGUUCAGGUGCCCAUUCUUCCGAGAGUAUGCCAUGAGCGUGGGAUUGGUGUCUGCUACCAAGAAGAGUGUCAAUCAUGUCCUGAGCAAAGAGAAUGGUGGCAACAUUUCUAUUAUUGUCAUUGGCGGAGCAGAGGAAUCAUUGGAUGCCCAUCCUGGAAGUCUAAUCCUUCACAUCCUGAAGAGGAAAGGAUUCAUCAAAGUGGCUUUCAAACAAGGGGCUCAUCUGGUACCAGUGUUCUCUUUUGGGGAGAAUGAAUUGUUCCAGCAGGUGCCAAAUCCAAAGGGAUCAUUCCUUCGCUGUGUCCAGGAGAGGCUUCAGAAGAUCAUGGGGUUUGCUAUGCCACUUUUUCAUGCUCGAGGAAUCUUCCAGUACAGCUUUGGCCUGAUGCCAUACAGGAUGCCUAUUCAUACUGUUGUGGGUCGUCCUAUCCCAGUAAAGCAAACAUUACAUCCCACGCAAGAGGAAAUUGAAUCACUCCAUCAACAGUACCUCAGUGCAUUGCGAGAUCUUUUUGAGGAGCACAAGGAAAGAUAUGGUAUCCCUGAACACGAAUCCCUCAUAUUCACGUGACCCUCAGAAAUAACUUGUCAUAUUUCAGCAUUCACCCUGUGUUCCACAGUCCAACAGGAACAGCUGCGUUACCUUAAAGAAAAGGUCCAAAAUGUUGAUAAUGAAAUCACUGUUUUUGUGUUUUGUAAAGCAUCUAUCUCUCCAUAGACUUUAGUCUCAAGACAGUGUCUAGAAGAUUCAUGCUUGCAAAGCCCUCUAUUUUGUUUAUAUUGCUUUAGGAAAAUAUACUAAUAGGAUAUUACCAUUCAGACAUUUUAUAGGGGUAUAUUGCAGAUUGCGCUUUGCCUAUAGAAGCCAUUGUUCUUUUUGUCAAAAUUUUCCCUAUCACCUUAUAGUUCCUUCUCACCAUAGAAGCUUCACAAUACAAUGUCUUAAGGGUCUCACCUCCUAGCAGAGUCAUGUUCUGUAAUUGGGGGCACAGUCUGAGCCAAAGGGAAUCGGUGAUAGCCAAAUGCAGUCAAAGGAAAACAGGCAAACACAUAAAUGGUUUACAGAACAAGAAUAUAACACUGUAUUAAACAUAUCCAUUCACCUGUAUUAGUUUAAGAAGAUAACAUUUAUCUUAAGUUGGUGUCCUUACUGUAUAAACGAACUUACCUAAUUUUUCCUUUUUGGAAAAAAAUAAAGAGCCUUAUUGUGAUAUACUAAGGUAGUAACACAAAUAAGAUAAUUGGAAACCAAAGCAACUUCAGUAACACAAUAAUGCACUUUGCUUUUAUUUGAUAAUAAUACCUUAAAUAUUUUGUCACUUAUUAAUUAGCUGCCCUGCACUAUUCAAGUUAAAUCACAUUUAGGCAUUUUUGUUCCAUUGUUUUUCUUUGGGUAUUGCAUAACACAAAAUAGUGAACCCGGCAUCAAGUAACUUUUGGAUAUGCACACUUAUUCACCAUUGAUGUCGCUCUUAGUAAUUAUUAUGAAAGAUUACCACAUCAAAUAAGCCAGUCACAUUGCAACCAUUGCAUUAUCCACUUCUCACUGGGUUUCCAAUAAAGCUCUGGAUUUAUGGAAGAGGAAAUUACAGGCAAGGAAGAGUGAAAAGAUAUCUAAUUUGUUCCCUUCAGUUGUUGUUGGACUACAAUUCCGAGGUUCUGUUGAGGAUACUGGGAACUAAACUUCAAAAAGGUCCAUAGUUGUGAUAACCUCUUAUUACAUUAGAACCCCAUUUGGAGACUAUUCAAAACACCUAAGAUGUAGAACUCAUUCGCACAACUCCCAAUCGGGAAGGUUCGAUCGUGUGCCGCAUCGACUUGUUGAUGUGGUCCUUGGUCUGACGGUGCUUACGCCUGCCAUUGUAAUUUGAUCGAUCAAAUUAGCCCGAUAUUGCUCACCUUAGGUGGGCAUUUGGGGAGAAGAUCUUACCGUGUAUGGCCAACAUAACACCUUGUCCUAGGGUUUAAUACAAAUGAAUGAAAAAUUUUUUAUAAUCAAUUCUGAGCUUUGUAUUAGUAUUUAGCUAACCUUUUCUUGCCAAAGGUUAUUACAAAUAUAUGAAUUUAUUUCAAUACAUAUGUAUGUAUAUAUAUAUAUAUAUAUAUAUAUAUAUAUAAUAUGGAGACUCUGUGUGGAUGUUUACAAGGAGGCUUUUCUAAUCAACAAAUAUAUAUCUCUGUCUCUAAGCAUUUCUGUUUGUCUGUGUGUUUUUUCACUAAUAGGUUCUUUAUAGAGAGGGUAACUUUGGCCUUCCAGCUGUUGCUGAACUCCCAGCAUCAUCAGUCAGUCCCUGUUGAAUGGGAGGUGCAGUCCUGCAAUAACUGGAAGGGUGCAGGUAUCCUGUAUUAGCUUGUUCAUAUAACAUCAUGGAAGCCAGGAACAGCACAACCACUACACGUUCUAACAUUGUGGGUGCGGCUCACAAUUCAGUUAGGACUGCAGAUUAAAUUUCACAUACCAUCACCAUCAUUUGUGUUCAUAAAAGCUAAUUCAGAAUUUCUGUAUCUGAGACAGAUGUUAAAGUAUUUGUCUUAUGUCAUGGGAAAGGAAUCCUUUACUGUAACAAGAUACCUCCCUUCCAGCUCUGACAUCCAAGGGGAAGUAAGGACAGUCUGUAGAAGACAGACUGUGGCGAGAGGUAUUGCAUAUAAAGUAACAUCAACUGUAUUCUGUUUCCAUCUGCUUUGUGUCCCUUGCACAGCUGACAAGUCAUGUACUACAUGUUUGUGUAUCAGAAUACCUGACACCAUGUGAAAUAAAUUUGCACAGACUACA